AAUCGGAGGAAAAAGCUGGCAGCCAUUUGCGUGCCUGUUCUCUAAAAAAAAACGAGUCCAAGUUCACUCUAGUGCACCAGCAGGUUAAAAGAGAGACUGAAGUGAAAGAGAAAGGGACUCAAUUCCAUAAAUUGAUCCUGAUUUAUACUGUAGGAUUAACUGUUAUUUGAAUUUUCGUCUGCAUGUGUUUCAUAAAGGACUGAAAAGCAUUUCUACAUUAUUAAAAGAAGUGAACUGUGAACUAUCUUAUUUAUGAUGUCUUGUUUAUUGGGAUACAACACAGCCGUAACCAUCCGGGUUACAGUAUUAUAGACUAUUUUAACAGAAUUAUACUUCAACUACAUGUUCUUUAACAUGUAAAACUUCAUACACUAGAGUAUCAAAAUUGGCGACAGGUUCAUUUCUAAUGUUUUGAAACGUUGGCCUAUGGUUGAAAAGUUUUAUCGCACAUCUUGUGUUUGAAUUUAUUUGUGUUUCAGUGUUAAUUUUAACUCUAAGGUUGAUAAACUUUUGAAUCUAGUUUUAUUUCUUUCAUAUUUCACAAGAAAUAUACUUGAACGAUUUGAACAAAAAGGUUUUAACAUUAUAAACAGUAACAAAAUGGCAACAGGUUCAUUGUCUUUGGUUCCAAAACGUUUGCGUAUGGUUGAAGACUUUUCUUGCACAGGUUGUUUAGAGCAGAAUCUUACGGAAUCUGCAGACAUUUAUUGUGAAAAAUGUUUAAGGUUUUAUUGUAAAAAAUGUGUUAUCCUGCAUAGUCAGUUUUUUACAAAACAUAUGACAUGUGGAAGGGAGGAUAUUAAGAAAUGGCCAGUUUCUAAGGCGGUGGAAGAUUUUCUCAGGAAGUGUGAGGUGCAUGAGGAUGAAACACUGACACAGUUUUGCCAUGACCACAGUCAGCUGUGCUGCUCUGCAUGUGUUGGAACAAUUCACAGCCAGUGCCGAGAAGUGACCCAGAUUUCGGAGCUGACCAACUCGCAGCCCUCAGACCUAGAGGGGCUGUCAGUGGAGCUGGAAACUGUCCUGGGGGAUAUAAAAACCCUGCAGAUCAGUCAGGAGGCCAGCAUUCAGUCAUUGCAGAGAACAUACAAUGAACAUAGGGAAGUUAUGAUAGAGCAAAUGUGUGGCAAUUUAAAUACUUAUAUAGAUAAAUGUGAUAAUAAUUCUGUGGGAACAUCAGGCGGAAAUGAGCAAUAUUUAAAAAAAGAGAUGUGUAGGAAUGUUGUUUCUAUCUUGAAUGAAUUCGAUAAUAUUACUGCGAAGGAACUUAACGAGAUGAAAGAUGAAGUUAUAAGCAUUAAAGGGUCAGUUACAAGUUCUAUUCAUAAAUGCACCAGUCUUCACAAUGACUUGUCACAAUUCCAUGAAAUUGUUCAGAAAAUUGGAGAUCAUAAGCAGCUCUGCCUUAUAACCAGCAUAAAAUGUAAGCAUAUAAUACAGCAGGCACUGACUCUGCUGGGAAAGUCAGGCAAGGCGUUUAAUGUCAAGAGUAAUACUGAGCACAAUGUGCGAAUACCAAGUGAUUCAGGAGCAUGUUAUAUCCGUGGCGUAUGUGUUCUGACUGAUGGGCAGGUGCUGGUCGCAGACGGGCAGAACGAUAAAGUCAAGCUGCUGAACCAGCAGUACCAGGUGGUGAGUCACUGUGAUCUGACUGUAUAUGUAAGGGACAUGUGUCAGAUCACACCCAGUGAGGUUGCGGUGGCUCUGGAUAAGAAUGCUGGCAACACACAUAAUGUCCAGUUUAUUACAGUCACCCAGAGCCAGCUCACUCUUGGUAGGAAGCUUGAGUUACAACAUGGAUGUACAGGUAUUGCCUGCCAUCAGGGAGAACUGUUUAUCUGCUCUAAGACUGCUCUGUACAAGUACGCACUGAGUGGCAAACAGGUCUGCAGACUCUAUGAAGAUAGGUCAUCUGAUUAUUCAGUAUACAAGUGUGCUGUGAGUCCCACAGGGGACAGGCUGUACAUCUCCAGCUACAAGCAGCACAAGCUUCUCAUCCUGGCCAGGGAUGGCACACUCCUGGCUACAUACACAGACCCAGCACUAGUGCUCCCAUAUGGUCUACAUGUGACCCCUGCAGGCCAGGUGCUGGUCUGUGGAUUGGGGUCCGCCACUGUACUACAGGUUGGCUGGGAGGGGCAGAGUAAGCUGGCUACUCUGAAGGAUGGAGUGAGGAGCCCAUUGUCAGUCUGCUACAGCAGCACCACAUCAUCCAUCAUUGUGGGACAGUGGGGGGGUGACAACAUCCUGGUGUUCAGAGUGGAAUAGUGUGUACAUUCGCUGCUGAGUCAGGACAACUAUGCUGAGGAUGUGGUGGACAAGGAUGACCUGAAUACACAGAAGCAAUUGCUGAGCACAGCGGAAGACUGUUUAAUGAAAUGCUCAGCCGUAUCAAAGUCCACCAGUGUGCGGGGACGCGGCCUAUCCAUAUCCGUAUAUUACAUCAUUUUAGCUGUCACUAACAAGGGAGAUAACUGUAGAUCUGCACCAGCAGAGAGCACAAGCAUUGAUAUGUAGUUAGCCCAGCAACAGCUCCAGUCCGGCCUGCAGGAGCUCCAGUCCAGGGCGACCCUUCUUCUCUCCUGACCCCAAGUUACUCCCCUAGACCUCCGGCCUCAAAGGGUCAGCAGUGUUUAACAAUUCCGUUAUGCAGGAAAUUCUGAGCACGUCGAGAUUUCAUGCGCUGUUCUCAACUACCGCUAUGUCCGUGUCGAGUUUCCCACACUCGCAAUUGAGUAGUUUUGUUUAGCUGGAGUGCCCGAGUGGGACGAGUGCUAAAGACACCAGAGUUAUAGCAGUAGUUUUGGUAACGCUAACAGUCAGUUAUCACUGUUGGACAUCACUAAGAAUGACCAGUUUAAUGACGUGUUCCAUUUUUUUACGGGACGAACAGAAAUUCAGCAAAGAAUUUGAGAAAAUCAAGAAACAAUUCAAGCCAUAAAUUCAACAGUGUUACCUUGCCAAGGGGAAUACUUUUGAUGUUGAUAGUUAGGGCAACAGUACCGACUUUCACGGUUUGUCCUUUCAGGGGCAAAAGUGUCCUAAGAGAACGCGCUUUUGACGCUAAUGCUGACGAAGAAAGGCAGUAAUGACUAGGUUGUGAACAUACAGAACACGAUACAUCAAUGAGGUGUGUUCUUCUGGCGCGAAAUCCGCGAAAUAUUGGAAACACUGCUAAAAGCGAACACGUGCGGUUUUGUUACGAGAACUUGACACUCCGAGCCUAAAGGGCAUCGUAUUGAUUCGAGGCCAAAGAAGGCCUGGAAAUAUGACAGCAUUUUUGUUUUAUGAUCCAGUACGCCAUUCGACGCUCAACCGAAGUUAAUCAGAACUCAAACUCAAUCCUCAACAAUAUCAGCGAGGCCAGCGUGUCAUCUCAGCUUGUUGAGCUUCAGAAGCCUUAUCCUCAAAAGUUCAGGUCCAAAAAAAGAUGGUGACCAACUGCAACUCAGCCACUUCAUUUCAAUAGUGGUUUGUGUUCAGUGUCAAGCAGUAUCCUAGCAAUCAAGCCAAGUCAGCGCAGCAGCAACAACAGAUGCAGCAGCAGUCGUACGCAAUACAUCAACAACACUGGUGCAUAUGCAUUAAACUAUAAAGAAGAAAACCGGAUAACAAAGCGUUGAUUUUGUUCUGGAUGCAUUAGCAGUCACAGUACAUGAACCGACAGUAGUCAUCGUCUCGAGAUUCUGGCCUCUGAACCAUCAGUCUAUGAACAUAAUGCAGAGCAAUCUAGGGACGCCAAUUGACGAAAUCAAACUGACCAAUCAGCAACAAAGCCUGUUGCAGCAGUUGUUACCAUAUUGACCCCAGUCAAAUCAUGGAAGCUUAGACAUAAAUACUGUUUAAGAUGUGCCAGUCUCUACAGACCUCGUGGUCUGUUAACCCUUUGCAUGCUGGGUAAUUUGUCAUCUGCUAAAAUGUCGUCUGCUGAAUUUCUAAAAUUAGCAUUUUCUUCAAUUUUUUUCAAAGAAUACUAUCAGAAUAGCAAACAGUUUGGAUCCAGAUGAGACGCCACAGAACUCAUCUGGAUCCAAACUGUUUGCAAAGGCCUUUAAAAUUCAGCUCCAGCGCUUUAAGGGUUAAGCACUUACUCUGACAGGUCUCAUCUUUGGAUUUUGUGAUGGGUGGACAAUGAAUAACCUUGUUCAGAUUGAAAUGGCAGAAUGAAAAAGCACAACAAAUCAUGCGAAAAGCCAUAUAUUAAUUAGACCAGCCAUGGUUUGUUGGAAGAAAAACAAUCUGUCAUGUAUUAUGGAAACUUUGAUGCUGUCAGUCAUUAACAAUUGAUGAGAUAUGUUAAAUGUUUUUAAGUAUAAUGAGAUUAAGGUAACUUGAUAAAGGCGUGUAUGUUAAGUAAUACUUUAAGCCCACAUAUUGCACGUCUAUAUAAUUACUUUGUUUGUAUUACGAAACUUGCAUCUGAUAACUUUAUAUGCAUGGAAAAUAAAUUUUACUUCAGACAUUCUUUCAUCAUUGAGCUUGAGAUAAUUCAUAGCUGUUUAAAUGAUGCUGGUUACUUGGACGCAAUCACAAAAUAUGUAUUGGAUUCUGUUUAUGUAAUAAGCAUGUUUCAGUUUUCUGUUUUUACAUGCAAUAUAGAAAUGCUAGCUAAAAUAACUGUGCAGAAAGGUUGAGAGUUUGAGGCUUCCGAUUUGAUCUGUAUGUCUUUUUGUAUACAAUAAUCUUACUAAGUUUGCUCAUUUGGGUCCGUAUUUUAUCAAGAAUCUUGUUAAGUAUGGCAGUAUUUGAAAUUAAUAUAAGUUGAAUGUAGACCAAAUUAUUUAAUUUAAUCUUUCAAUUGUCAUUUCUGUAUUUACAUCUUAAACUUUAUUGAUUUGAAUGGAGAUUGUUUGUUAAAUUAUAAGAUAAUUACUUGUUCUUUAUUUGGAAUGCUUUAAAUGUUUUGAAACUGAGCAUUUAAAAAUAAAUUUAUUAAAUAAUUAUGAUAAAGCCAACUUCAUGAAUAAUAGCCAAAGUUGUGAUUGUUAUUGUCUAUUUUUUGUUGUUAUAUACAUUAUUUACAUGCUCAUAAAUGUUGACAAUUGUGUUCGGACAUAAUAUAUGUUUUAUGUCUUACAUUUGUGUAUAUACACAUUUUGAAGACCGGAUUUUCAUGCUCUCAACUCACUUACCGGUACUAACCUUACCAAAAAUAAAUGUUUUAUCACUGUAUGAUGGUAAAUUUUGCAACUGAUAUAUAGAGCAAUUUUAAAAUAAUUGUAUGUUCGAUGUAAAUAACUCAUAUAUUGUUGCCAUUUUGAUGAGAUAAACUUGUUUUCACUCCUUUGUACACAUCAUUUGUAAACGGUACAUCUUGUAGAUUUUUGGUUACACAAACAAUUUAGCUCCUGUUAAAACAUUUAUACAGGAUAACAGAUUCUGAAAGUUAGCAAUAGGAACAGGUUGUUAGAUGCAAUGCUUUUUAGUUUUCAAAGUUAACCAAGUAUUUAAAAGAUUUGUUUCAUUAUGUUUUACAUUCUAAAGAAUAAUUAUUAUCUCAAAACGUAAAUCACUAAAUUACAAAUCAAGAGAGAGUUAUGUAAUAUGCUUGCAAUUGCUAAGAAGUGCAGUUGUUGUUUUUUUCUUUUCAGGUUAGAGCAAUGUCAUUUGCUUAAAAAAGUUGUCUCCCUUGUAAGAAAAUUAAUGUGUUCACAUCUCAACAUAACAAGUAAAUUCAUACAGUACAUGUAUUUCAAAUUAUUCACAUGAUAUUCACCAAUAAGUCUAAUGGAAUUUGUAGAAUAAAAUAUAACAUGUUAUUAUGACGAUUAUAAGUGAAUGUUUGGCACAAAAUGCCUCUUUUAAUCUCUAUAUUAAAAACUUCAGCAAAUGUCUAAGACCAGAUUUUCCUAAAUGGUGUGGUUGUUGACAUUAAUAUUAAAUUUAGUUCAUGAACCAUAAAUGUUUUGUUGUUGAACAUAUAAAAAAAAAGCUUUAUGUAUAUUAAUUUUAUGUCAUAUUUCAAACAUAUCAUAUUGAUACGUUUGAAAGAAAAUAAACAUUUUGCUUUAAUGUGUAUACAUGAAGUGUAUACAUGAUUAACGAUUGGUACCAUUCAAGCAUGUUAAUAAUGAACUAUAGUUGUAGUACUAGAUGCACUUUUAGCUCAUCUAUUUUUUGAAAAAAAUAAUGAGCUAUUGUCAUCACCUUGGCGUCGGCGUCCGGUUAUGUUUUGUGUUAAGGUCCACUUUUCUCAGAAAGUAUCAACGCUAUUGCAUUCACACUUGGUACACUUACUUACUAUCAUGAGGGGACAGGGCAGGCAAAGUACGAUAACUCUGACUGGCAUUUUGACAGAAUUAUGUGCCCUUUUAUACUUAGACAAUUGAAAAUUUGGUUAAGUUUUGUGUUUAAGUCUUCUUUAUUCCUAAAGUAUCAAAGCUAUUGCUUUUAUACUUGCAACACUUACUAACUAUGUUAAGGGGACUGUGCAGGCAAAGUUGCAUCACUCUGGUUGUCAUUUUGAAGGAAUUAUGGCCCUUUUUUGACUUAGUAACUUUGAUUAUAUGGUUAAAUUUUGUGUUUCGAUCCACUUUACUUCUAAAGUAUCAAGGCUAUUGCUUUCAAACUUCAAAUAACUUCAUGCUAUCAUGCGGGUACUGUACUUGGCAAGUUGAAUUUUACCUUGACCUUUGAUUGACCUUGACUAUCAAGGUCAAAUUAUUAAAUUUUGCUAAAAUUGACAUAACUUCUUUAUUUAUGAUAAGAUUUGAUUGAUACUUUGACAUAAGAACUCUUACCUGACAUACCAAAAUGGACUCCACCCAAACCAUUCUAAAAGCCCACCCCAACCCCAGAAUCCCCAUCCAAAAUUUUUUUUUUCAUUUUUUUAAAGAUCAUCUAAUAAAUGACUACACCCUUACACUAUACCCUCCACCGCCCCCCCCCCCCAAUUUUUUUUUAUUUUAUUUUAACAUGGUUAAAAAAAAAAAAAAAAAAUUUUAAUUUUAUUUUUGAAAUACCGUCCAACCAUCCCACUCAAGAAUACCCCCCCCCCCCACCAAAAAAAAAUGUUUGUUUUUGAAUUGUUUUCUUAUUUUUUUAAGAUAAUGUAAUAAAUGACCACACACCUACACUCCACCCCUCCCUCCUUUGUGAUUGAAGUAUUGAGAUAGGACCCUUCACCUUUAAAAGAAAAAUAGAUGAGCGGUCUGUACCCGCAAGGCAGUGCUCUUGUUUUAAUCAUGUCUUAAUGUGUUGGCCUACUCCAAAUAAACAUGUUGCAUUUGUAAAUAAAGCGUGUAUAACCUCUAUGUACUGUCCCAAGGUCUGUUUUCAAAUACUUGAGUACCUCAUAUUGAGCAGAGACUUACCAAUUUAUGGCAUUAUUUGUUAUGCACAUGUCUGACUUAUAUAAAUAUCUUCAAGUUCUGAGAUUACUGUUCAGGGUAUUUUAAAGGUAAAAGUUUAAAUAUUUCUAUAGACUGUAACCUGGUGUCUGUUAAGUUAAUUUUAAUACAUUUAUAAUGUCUAGCAUAUUGAAUGUGUAAGUGUCUUUAUUCUCGCCCGCAUGCAUUGUUGCUGUAUGCUUUGACAAAGCUUACUACACAACCUAUGUGUUUGUUUAUCAUUUAUAACCAGUGGUUUGUCCGCAGAGGUUACAUAAUACUAUACUCACUUAAUAAAUCAACUUCAUUUAUUGAUUUGAUUUUGUAUAUAUUCACUUCUCAUGACUGAAUCUGCAAUAGGCCUUUGAAUAUGUGGUAAGAAAAACAUUUUUUAUUAAAGGUUAGAAACUUUAUUAUCAGAUUUUGACAGAUGGUGGUUAACAUUUAACUGGAGAGUAGCCGGGAAAAAAAUGGCUGUAAAACAGUGAAGUUUGAUCCACUUUUAGUUAUGUCUUAUAUAUCACAUUAUCUAUAUUUUUUGUUAAUUUGGAUCAUAAUGAUCUUUAAAAAAUGGAAUGAUUAUGAGUGUUUCCAAAAUGAUGCAUUUAUUUUAUGUUAAAGUUAUUGCUUUCAAUUUUAAUUUGUUAUGGAAAUAUUUAAGUUUAUGUGACUUACAGAGAUAUACAUGUUUAUGUAAGUGAUGUGCUGUUUGAUGAUUUAAGAAUUGUCUUGCACUCUGAGUAAAGUAGAUCGCCAUUGAUUCAAGUUCGAAUACUGAUGUACAGUUAAAGUGUGUUGUACUUUCAAAUAAAAAUACUAUGUAAAUAUAGUUCAGUUAUCCCUUGUUUACAAGAUCACAUUUUUAUUGCUCAUCCUUGGUGUUGGUGUUUGCAUUCGGACACAAUAAUGCUUUCCUUAUAUGUUUAUUAUGUAGACCCGCUUUUACAAGACCACAUUCUGACAAGCUUAAAUGUAUGUAUAUAAUGUAGUUCCUCAUUUACCAGACCACAUUUUGAUGUUCUUAAACGUGUUCAAAGCUUGACGAAAUUUUUGUUGACAUUUAGCCAUUUACAUUUAUAAUAACUGAACAACAAAUGAAUUGUCAGUGUAAAUAAAUAAUUUAUUGUUGUUCGAUCAGUUAAAGUAUUUCACUGUUUUCAUUCACACUUUAAAUUAAUAACAUAACAAGUUGUAAGGUACACACAAUCUAUUUCAACAAGGGAGACAAUUUUGAAUUUGUUUUUUAAGAAUAUAACAUAUCUUUAUCGAGAUAGAGAGAAUGACAGUUUUGACAAUUUUAACAAUAUUACAUCACUCUCCGUUGACUUGUAAUUGACUUAUUUUCAUUAACCAGUUUUAAUUGUUCUUUCGAUCAUAUACAAUUUAUCUUAAGAUAUUUUUACAAAACAAGUAAACACAUUUUCAAGUAGGGUCUUAAUUUGAAUUGUAUGAAAUGAAAAGCAAGGCAUAUAACAAGGUAUUUUAAUUUAAAGUAUGGUUUUCUCUUUCCCACAAGCACACACCAGUCAUUUGAUAUACAUCUGUACUAUAUGUAAGUUUAAUAUGAUAAAUUACACAAGCUUUGCAUCUAAAAGAUGGAUAAAAUGAAAAUUAUGUGAACAUAUGAAUGAAAACAGUGAAAUACUUUAACAAAUUCAAUUAUAAAAAACAACAAGUUUACUUUUGUACACAAGUUGAAUAAACUAUUAUACAUUUUUUGUAGAUGUCAACAAGUAAAGUACUUCAGUUAAGUGCUUAAAUAAAAAAUAAACGACACGUUGUUAACUAAAAAGUUAUCAAUUGUUUCGUCGGAAAAAUACUGCAGAAUAUUUAUGUCAGGUAUACCAACAAAGAAAAACAAAAUAUUAACAUUCUUUUUCUUAAAAUAAAAAGAAACACGUUUAGUUUAAGAACAGAUAAUAAUAUUUUAAACUAGAAAGGUCUUUUAAAUAGGUAAGGUUUCUCAUGACGAAGUAUAUAAUUAAUUUGAAAUACUGGAAAUAUAAUUAACGUCGUGAUGCAUAUAUAGUACAAUAAAGCAAAGUAUUUUUUAACAAAACCCAUAUCAUAAGAUUUGUAUAUACUCACUUCAUGUUGACGAAAUGCUUAUUCUUUUAGAAAAAAUACCGUGUACAGUCAAAUUAGUUUUUGUUGAUUUUCUUUACAAUUUAUUCAAUGUAUAUACGUACUUAUGUAUAAUACUAUAUAUUUCGUAUAACAUUCAAAGUGCCAUGUUUUAACACUUAAUACCUGUCCUUUUAUGUCGGUCAUUCAGCCCAUUUGAGCCGCAUUCUGAUAAAGUGUGACUUAAUGCAUGUUGUCUAAGUGUUGUCCCAGAUUGGCAGUCCGCACAUGCUAAUUUGGGACGACAGUUAUCGCUUUAAUAAAUUUUUCGUUUUCAAGAAGUAUCUUUUUUAGCGAAAUCAAGUUUCGGAAAGUGUCGCCGGUGAUUACCAGCAGAAUGUUAGGAUUGCACGGGCUUAUCUGGGACAACACUUUACGCACAUGCAUUACUACCCUUUUUCCGAAAGCGCGGCUCAUUUAAAAGUUGAUAAAAAUCAGAAUGACGACAGUUCCUUAAGAUAUAUCCUCAUUAGAGAUUGUAUGUGGAACCAAAUCAUGUUAAAGCAAUAAACAAAACCAUAACCCUU